CCUAACCCUAAUUCCUCUUUCCCUUUUCUUUUCAGACUUUACCCACGCGACUGUGCCCGAAGAACCCCCGGCAGCGCUCUUCCGACUUCGCCGCUCGCAACACUGCCGGCAGCGCAUUCUUUGCCGUCCGCAUAUCCCGACGGAACUCCGGCAGCGGCGCUUCCAGCAGGUUUAAUAACUUUUCUUUACAAUGUCAUCACUAAGGAAUGCUGUCCCUCGGCGGACUCACAAGGAGCGAGCUCAACCUGAAGCAAGGAAAAAGUUUGGGCUUCUUGAGAAGCACAAAGACUAUGUUUUAAGAGCUCGGGCUUUUCACAAGAAGGAAGAGACUCUGCGGAGACUAAGGGAGAAGGCAGCUUUCAGAAAUCCAGAUGAGUUCUACUUUAAGAUGAUCAACACGAGGAGUGUGGGCGGAAUUCAUAGGCCCGAGAGUGAAGCAAAUAAGUACACUCCAGAGGAACUUAUGCUAAUGAAGACGCAAGACAUUGGUUAUGUACUUCAGAAAGUUCAGAGUGAAAAAAAGAAAAUUGAAAGGCUCAAUUCUAUGCUCCAUACACUGGAUAGCCAACCAUCAAAUAAGCAUGUUUACUUUGCUGAAGAUAGAGAAGAAGCUAGAGAAAUACAAAAUAGAGCAUCGCAGACUAGUAGUUUGCCUAUUCUCGGAGAUGUCCCAAGGCGUAUAAAGAAAAAGACAACCGCUUCCUAUAAAGAGCUAGAAGCUAGGAAGAAAAGGGUCAAACAGCUUGAAAAGUUGUACUCGGACAUGGCUCUUCAAAAGGAAUUGCAGAAACCUGGGCGCAAGCGUAAACUCCGCCCAGAAGAGAUCGUUUCAGACACGAGCAAGCCUGUAUAUAAAUGGCGAGCAGAACGUAAAAGAUGAUUCGGAGGCCGAAUUAAAAGCGGUGAAAAACCAGAUUGGAUCAGAGGCAGUUGGAGGAUCUGCAGUGCUCGCACCAACUUCUAUCAUGUCUUCUAGGCACAGCUGUUCACUCUCGUACCGACAUAUAGAAAACAUUUCUUUUCUAUCGAUGUAACAUACAAAUUAAAUGGCUAAAUAAAUGCCGUCGAUGUGUUUAAUUAAUCCUUAUUUCGCGGUGUGGAUAUAUUGUGAGGCCACUGCUUCCAAGUUGAAGUGCUUCCUUCUUAUUUAUCUUUGCGCCUUCGGCAUUGCUCUACCGAGAACUUGGCUUUGACAUCGAAUUCUUAUUUUAACACUUGUAACAUACAUCUCAAUAUAAGAUGAUUUAUUUUUUGUUUGAAUUA